AUGUCGACUCUCUUAUCAUUUCACAAAGAUAUCCUUGAGAAAAUCCAUGAUCCGUCCACCAGCGAACUAAUUCUCCUAGCUCGUGGUCUUGGUCUGCGGAGAAUUGUGUGCAAGUUAUUGCAAAUAUACGAUUCUCCGAAUAACUUGGUCAUUCUGGUGAGCGCGUCACCAGAAGAGGAAUCCGCUAUUGGCGAAGAAUUAGGUAUAUUGGGAUGUAGGAAACCUGGUUUGCGCAUCGUAGGGUUUGAGACGCAUAAGAAGGACAGGUAUGUUAUGUGUAUUCUCCCCGUAUUUUUGAUCCCCGAACAUGCCUGGAGACAGAACCUGUAUAAAAAGGGAGGCUUGAUAUCCAUUACAUCACAGAUCUUGACCGUGGAUAUGCUGUCCUCCGACAUAUCUACUGAGAUGAUCACGGGUAUUGUGCUGUUGCACGCCGAGAAGGUGACCCCGACCUCGGCAGAGGCUUUUAUUGUUCGCCUCUUUCGCGAGAAGAAUCGAGACGGGUUUCUGAAGGCGUUCUCGGACCACCCUGAACAUAUUACAAGCGGAAUGUCCCCGUUGCGGACUGUUCUGAAAGAACUCCAGAUUCGCAACGUACAUAUUUAUCCUAGGUUCCAUGUGGAGAUCAAGAAUUCGCUCGACUUGAAGCGACCUGACCUGGUGGAGCUACAUCAGAACAUGACAGAGUAUAUGGCCGAAAUACAUCAUGCGAUUGUUCAAUGCAUGACAACAACUCUUGCGGAAUUGAAGCGCGCCAACACUGCCCUUGACCUUGACGACUUAAACAUAGACAACGCCUAUUUUAGAUCAUUCGACAUGAUCGUGCGCAGAUUGUUGGACCCAGUCUGGCAUAAGGUAGGGCCCCGAACGAAGCAACUGGUUAAUGACCUAGCAACUUUACGACGUCUCCUCACUUUUCUUCUGACGUACGACGCGCUUGCAUUUCACGCUUACCUCGAAACGCUCAUCGCAUCCAACACAACCAAUGAAUCCGGCGCUCCCAGAAAGAACCAGUCGCCUUGGCUGUUGACUGAUGCCGCUAAUGUUAUAUUCCAAUAUGCGAAACGAAGGUGUUAUACUAUAAGUGCAUCCGCUCAGAAAGCACUCAAUACUGCUCCUCCGCAGAUUGAAUUAGACGACGACGAAGAUGCAUGGGCUGCGUUAGACGAGCUCGAGGGUCGGGCGCGUGUUCCAACUCGUUCAGAGGUGCACGGCGCAUCGAACGCACCGGACGGCCCGCAACGACCAAAAUGGCUUCCGGAUGGUAUGGACCCGGUGCUCGAAGAGCUGCCGAAGUGGAACUUGCUUGCAGACGUGCUGCAUGAGAUCGAAGAAGAGAUGAUGAGACUCGAGCCGCGCUUGACAUCCCUAUCUCCCGGAUCCAAUACCACCCUAGUCAUGACUUCCUCUCUGCGUACGUGCGCGCUCGUCAACGAAUUCUUGUCUUCUAUGGACCUAGAUGCACCGCGUGGUGCUCGCGCUCGCGCGAUGAUGGAGAGGAAGCUUAAAACCUAUCUUUGGUUUAAGAGCAACUUUAGCGACCGUAAGCAGACGGGAAAGGGGCAAAACACCACGUCUGAUGGCAAGAAAAAUCGGCCUGAGACUGAUGCUGGCCUUAGCGAGGCGUUGAGGAGGAAAGAUAAGGAGAAACGCGAACGCGCUGCUAAUAGGCGACGCGUAAGAGGAGGGGCUCCUGCUGCGCCCACCACGAGGGAAGGGUCAGAUGCGCAAGCCGGUGAGGAUGUCAUGAUCCAGGAAGCAGAUGAUAUUGCCGCGUUGUAUGCACCCUUCCGCGUUCUUCGGGGAAACGCCGCACCUCAAGGACCAGUCGAAGAAGAUAUCACCCUGCUCGGCUUUGAAUCGGAUUUCGAUGCUCACUAUGGACUGUUGGCUCCUCAACAGACUGUCCUUGUGCGAGCCUAUUCUGAUGAUGCGGACGACCGCAUGCUGCAAGAGAUACAACCUCGCUUCAUUGUCAUGUUCGAGCCAAACCUAGAGUUCGUUCGUCGCAUCGAGGUUCGUCCAAAUGCGUCUGAUUCUAUCCUUAUAUAUGAACGCGUGACGGAGCAGGUAUACCGAAAUUCGAAUCCCGGCUUGGGCGUUCGCGUGUAUUUCAUGAUGUACAGGUACAGCUGCGAAGAGGGCAAGUAUCUUACUGGGUUGCGACGCGAGAAAGAAUCGUUUGAGCGAUUAAUCAAAGAGCGGGGGUCCAUGCUCAUGCCCAUUUUAGAGGAGCGGCGGCCGGGAAGCGGAGAAUCCCUCAUCAAGACCAUCAGCAGUAGGAUCGCUGGUGGCAGGAAGGAGUUAUCUACAGAAACAUCUUGCGUUAUUGUAGACAUGAGAGAAUUUCGAUCAUCUCUACCAUCGCUGUUACACGCCUCCCAACUCCUUGUCAUUCCUGUCACGCUCACUGUCGGCGAUUAUAUCCUAACGCCGGAUAUCUGUGUCGAGCGCAAGAGUAUACCAGAUCUAGUUUCCAGCUUUAACAACGGUCGAUUACACACCCAAUGCGAGCUCAUGUCCGUACAUUACAAGCAGCCUAUCCUGUUGAUUGAAUUCGAAGAGCACAAGUCGUUCUCACUUGAGGCCGUCACGGACGUCAAGUCCUACGCCAAGUCGUCGAAUAAAUAUCCCACCAAGAAGAAAACUGGGACGGCGCCGGAAGACAACGAGCGCGCGUCCGCCAGCAUCCAAGCGAGACUUGUCCUUCUCACGCUGCACUUUCCCCGAAUCCGCAUCAUCUGGUCAUCCUCGCCCUACGCGACCGCAGAAAUCUUCCGCGACCUCAAGUCGAACAGCCCCGAGCCCGAUCCUGCGAAGGCGGUUGUCGUCGGCGCGGAGGAGGACCCGGAGGCGGGCGCAGGCGUCAAUGCAGUCGCGGAGGAGCUCCUGCGGUCGCUGCCCGGCAUCACGGCGAAGAACGUGAAGCAUGUCAUGAGUAAGGUGGGCAGUGUCCGAGAGCUAUGUGAUCUCAACCUGCCGCAAGUGCAAGACAUCCUGGGCGUGGAGCCCGGAAAGGCGUGUUGGGAGUUCAUCCACCGCGGUGAACGAACUCGGCGAAUAGCACAGAUUUGA